CUACCUACAGCUAAGAUAAUGCUUUAAGAAUUUGAAGAUAAUUAUUAAGUAACAGUUACCUUUCUUUUCUUCAACCAUAAUAUCUCAACAACUCUAUCCCCCAUUCCAUUCCUACACUUACUUACUCUCUAAUUUUGUUACGAAAUAUAAUUGGUUACAAUUAACAUCACUUUGUGAUAGCAAAAAUGACAGAUCAAGAGCAACCAAAAAAGGUAGAACCUGAAUCAAGUUCUAAUCCUUUAUCAGCACCACCACCAAAGGAAGAUGUCGCUGAGGAGAAAUCUGUAAUUCCACAACCUGAUCAUCUAGAUCACAACCCUCCUCCUCCGCCUGUUGUUGAUGAUUCCAAAGCUCUGGUUGUAGUUCCGACAGAGACUGAAGAAGCUGCUGAAGAGAAACCACAAGAGGGCUCUAUCAACAGAGAUGCGGUGCUUGAAAGAGUUGCAACAGAAAAGAGGCUGUCACUGGUCAAAGCAUGGGAAGAAAGUGAAAAGUCUAAAGCAGAAAACAAAGCUCAGAGAAAACUGUCUACCAUUACAGCAUGGGAGAACAGUAAGAAAGCUGCAACAGAAGCUGAAUUGAGAAAACUUGAGGAACAACUAGAGAGGAAAAAGGGAGAAUAUGCAGAGAAAAUGAAGAACAAAAUAGCAUUACUUCACAAAAAAGCUGAAGAAAAAAGGGCUGUGAUUGAGGCCAAGAAAGGGGAAGAGUUACUUAAAGCAGAGGAGGUGGCUGCAAAAUACAGGGCAACUGGAACAGCUCCAAAGAAACUCUUUGGUUUAUUCUAAUGCCAUAAUCCUCAAGCCAAAAACAAAUGAUUUGUUGUUUUUAAUCAUAUAUACUUUCUUCAUGUGUGGUUUGGUGUCUUUUUUAGUCUCUGUUAAUUUAUUCUGUGUGCAUAGUGAUAUAUAUUGGCUUGUAUAUAUCCAUUACUUUGGAAAUAAAAAUAUUUUAAUUUUUAUUCAA